AUGGAAAUUGAGGUAUCCAAAGCUUCGCCGUCUCCUGCGAUUAAUACCGAUGAGGAGGAGGCUCAAGAUGAAAGGGCGCACGAGCAAAAGAAGUCUUUCAAAUUCAAAGUCACUGUCUUUAUGCUCUGCCUAACUUCAGUCUCCGUCGCCAUGGACUCAGUUAUCGUCGCUGCGACUUUAGCUGCCAUCACAUCUUCGUUAAAAGGAAAUAGCUUGGAAGCCUUUUGGGUGGGAACGUCGUAUUUAUUAGCCCAGACGGUUGCAGUACCUAUUUAUGGUACUAUUUCAGAUAUUUUCGGCCGGAAGUGGGUUAUGGUCUUUGCGAUCGCGAUAUUUCUUCUUGGAAGCAUCCUUUGUGGUUGUGCUCAAAACAUGAACUGGCUGGUGGCUGCGCGGGUAGUUCAAGGCCUUGGAGGAGGUGGUUGUCUGACCCUGACGACGGUCAUUCUCAGCGAUAUCACGACGCUCCGGGAGAGGCCAAAAUAUCUUUCCAUGGGAGCCUUUGCGUGGGCUUUAGGCACAAAUAUUGGGGUACCUGUUGGUGGAGCGAUCGGACAGUAUACAUCUUGGCGCUGGGUCUUUUGGAUAAACAUCCCUAUCUGCAUUCCCAGUAUUGCUGGUAUUGUAUACGCACUACAUCUUGUUCGGGAUAAAUCUUCAUUUAAAUCGAAGGCCGCCCGUGUGGAUUACUUAGGAAUCACCCUAUUUAUCGCUGCCACGACACUAUUACUCUACGGCAUCACCACUGGAGGCACUACAAAUCCAUGGAAUUCCGCAAGCGUUUUAGCACCUUUAGUCCUUGGCGUUUUUGGGCUUGGCAUAUUCCUUCUCAUUGAAUGGAAAGUGACAAAAACGCCAAUGGUGCCCUUACGCAUCUUUAAUAAUCGCAGCGGCAACACAGGUUUCUUUGGUUCAUUCGUCCAUGGCUUAGUACUAUGGGCUUCUGCCUACUAUAUCGUCAUUUUUUUCCUUGGCGCGAGAGGUGAUCCCCUGUUCAAGUCUUCAGCAGAAACGCUCCCGGGCAGUGCCCCAAUUGCUCUUUCAGCUGUAUUUUGCGGCAUAUGGGUUUCUAGGUCACUUCGAUUCCAGAAAAUGACCUGGUUAGCUUGGGCACUUCUUACCACCGGGACAGGGUUAGUCGCUCUCAUGAAACCAAAUUCGUCUGCCGGUAUUUUAUACGCGAUUCGCAUUAUUCCUGCCAUUGGAGGAGGUUUCUUGUUCCAAUUGCCUCUAUUUGCUGUACAAUCCACCGCUGCCGGCCAGGAUAUCGGCAUUGCCACGUCAAUGAUAGCUUUCUUUCGCAGCGUAGGCCAGGCAUUUGGAGUUGCUAUUGGAGGGACAGUGUUCCAAAACGAAUUUGAUCGCUUUUUGGCAACAGCGGUUGCGGCAGGUCGCAUCCCACCAGAUUUCGUGAUCACGGGUGCUCAAGCUGCUGGCGCAUAUGAAAGAAUCAACGCACUUCCUCAUACCAUGCAUAAUGUGCAAGAAACCUAUCGAUAUAUCUAUGCAGAUGCCUUGAGAACUGUCUGGUAUGUCACUACAGGUAUUGCCGGCAUGGGCUUCCUGGUUGGACUUUUAGUGAGAAAUGAAAACAUGGACCGAGGGAAUUAUUCAAAGCAAUCCUUUCAAGUAGAGGAGAGCAGAGAAAGUUCUUCGUGA